AUGAUCAGUCGUCUUGACUUCACUUAUGCCGACAAGAGGCCGAUCUACCUGAUCGAACAGGAGCUAUCAACAUUACUACAGGGCGACAUGACUCUUACCGAAUUCUAUGAUGAGGUCGAGAAAAAACUGACCUUACUUACUAAUAAGACAAUAAUGACCUUCGAUAGUGCCUUGGCGAUAAGUUUGGGAGACGGAGGUCAGAAAACCAAUCAAAGACAUAUGGAUAGGGAUAGGAAUUCAAUCAUGCCCGUACAGAAUAAGAACCCCUAUUUUAGUAGGCGUCAGGUACCUACUUACGGCCACCAGGCUCAGGCACAUGUUGGUUAUACAGAGGCACCAAAAAGACCAAAUAGUGGCAGUGCCAGAUUUACAGGGCCGAAACAGCAGAGAAUUAACUACUUAGCUCAUGACAUGGGUCAAGGUGAGGAAGAUACCGGUGAAUAUCAACAGGAGGCAGAAGCGGAGGUUGAGAAUUUUGAAGACGAACUAAUGGGUUACGAUCAUAUGGGCACUCCGGCCAAACCGAUGCUCAAGAUCGACACGACGGCGUUUGUGCUGCCGAACCUGGCCGGCAAUCUUCCGACAAGCACAAUUGAUCGAAACAUUCUUGAUAGGCUGCCAAAUAUGCCAUUGGCAGACCCGUCGUUUUUCCAGCCGUCUCAGAUAGACCUUCUUCUAGGUGCGGAUAUUCUUCCGUCUGUCCUGCUAUCAGGCUGGAGGCCAAACAUAGCCAUAGAGUCCGAAGCAACCAUGGAAACACUUCUCACAAAAUUUUGGGAGGUGGAGGACCUUCCAUGCAGACUGGUAAAGGAGACGGACAAGUUGUGUGAAGACUUUUUCGUCCGAACAACUACCAGAUCCUGCGACGGGAAAUAUAUAGUAUCCCUGCCCUUCAAUGAUUCAGAGCACAUUGACUUGGGGCAUUCGAGGAGUUCCGCACUCGCACAAUUUCUGAAGAAUGAGACUCGCUUGAAGAAGGAGCCCGCUCUCAAAGACAAGUUAUUCAAGCCCGAAAGUGCGACCACGAAAGUUCGCGUAGUUUUCAACGCAUCCAGUCCUUCUUCCAAUGGGAACAGCCUUAAUGACAUUCUGUAUCUCACUCUUCAAAUCCUGAAGUGGCGGACGUUUAAAUUCGUUUUCAAUGCCGACAUCACCAAGAUGUAUCGGCAAAUUCUCCUAAACCAAGAGCACACUCCGUUUCAGAGAAUUCUCUUUCGAAAUGGCCAAGGGGAUAUAUCCGACUUCGAGCUUCAGACGGUCACGUUUGCACUCCUUAAAGCACUUCCUAAAGAGCAUCUACUUUCGACUGAGUUUCUUGAUCUCGAAGAGGUCAGCACCACUACGACAUUGGGAGUACGGUGGAACGCUACAACGGAUGAGUUCUAUUUUGUCCCAAGAGAGGUCACCAUUCAGGCAAACUAUUCGAAACGCGACGUCUUAUCCCAAAUCGCGAAAUUGUUCGACCCAGCUGGGUGGCUCUCCCCAUUUGUGGUUCAGGCCAAAAUUCUGAUGCAGGAUAUCUGGUUAGUUAGCGUCGGAUGGGAUGAGUUUCUUCCUGCAGACCUACUACAUCGCUGGCAUGAUUUCCUUCGGAGCUACAGUUUCCUCCACCAAGUUCGCAUCCCGCGCUGGGUACAUUUUCAACCGGGUGUACAAGUCCAAAUCCAUGGUUUCUGCGAUGCUUCCCAAAAGGCUUAUGGCGCAGCGAUUUACGUUCGCAUCCAGCGUGAUGGAAUCAUUUCAUCAAAUCUUCUAACGUCAAAGACCAAAGUCGCUCCGGUAAAAACCGUCUCGCUCCCGCGUCUAGAACUGUGUGAAGCCGUCCUUCUGGCAGACUUGUGGACUGCAAUUCUGCCUCAGAUUCCUUUCGGUCGUAUAGAAUCUUUUCUAUGGACUGAUUCCACUAUUGUGCUGGCAUGGUUGAACAAGCCACCAUGUCAGUGGACGACCUUCGUCGCAAAUAGAGUCACUAAAAUCGCUCAAAAUACUGAUGCCAGCCAGUGGUCUCACGUGCGUUCCGAGCACAACCCAGCAGAUCUAGCCAGUCGUGGAGUAGCGGCUGAAGAGCUGGCUACCAUUUCCAACAUCGACAUCGAGAAGAGACCCAUACGUUGCCAUUUAGCAUGUCCAGAGCAGGACAUGCUUGAGCGGCUCUCCAAGCUCGACAAGGCACUACGAGUUUUUGCCUAUGUCCAGCGCUUCAUCCAGCGCUCGCAAAAACGACCUAUUCCAGGCGAGCUGCAGCUAUCCAAUACAGAGAUUUCCAUAGCUGAGCGACUCCUAAUUUUCAUGACCCAACGCAGAUACUUGCCUCUUGAAUAUGCCUGCCUGAGCCAAAAGCGGCCAAUUCCAGCAUCCAGUUCUAUUAAGAACAUGAAUCCUUUCCUUGAUCCUCACGGCCUCAUCAGGGCGUGUGGUCGGGUGACGGCCUCUGAAGUCCUCCAAUAUGAUGAACGGCAUCCGAUAUUUCUUCCAUACAACUGUCAGUUGGCGCGUCUCCUUGUAUCCUUUACGCAUCGCAUAUCCUUGCACGGCGGUAAUCAGCUAAUGGUACGCCUGAUCCGCUCAAAAUUCUGGAUACCAAGGGUCAAGAACUUAGUCAAGUCAAUUUUCUCCUGCAAAAUAUGUGUGAUCCACAAAAAGAAGUUGCAGACUCAACUCAUGGGCGAAUUACCUAAAUAA